UAUCGCUCCAUUCAAUCCUGGAUCAACUAUCUCGACAGCUGGUGCCCACUUGGCCGGGUCGGCGCCGAAUCAAUUGACCGUAUCCAUGUCGUCGCCAUCGUCACCGCUGAGUUCCAGUAUAGUUCCCAACAAGCCUGCCCCUGUCGUCUCAAGCAAUCCGGCCAUCAGCGCCCUCUCUGCCCUCCUGCUUGCCAGCAAGGGCGGACAAGGCCGUGCAAGCGACGGAGCAGCGUUGAGUACCGGGGCUCUGCUCGUCAAAUCGAAUGCUGACGACAGAGCACAGCAACAGCAGCAACAGCAGCAGCAGCAAUCCAACCGUGUCCGCAUUUCGAGAUCCAGAGACCGCGGUGGCAUCGAAAAUCUAUGGCCGGGCAUGGUUCCGUCAAGCUCGGGCACUUCGUCAGUCUCGGCAGGAAGCUCGUUUGGCGGCCGUGACGGCCAACUCUCUCCCAGCAACCACUCUACCAAUACGCCUCAUUCCCUUGGCCUGACAAUGCCGAUCCCUAUCCAAGUCGGCUCUCACAGCUCGGUUGCGACCUCAUCGUCAUCGUACAUGGCUUUGUCGCCGACCUCAGUCAUAUCAAGUUCCCCGGCAGCUCAGGGUCCGGCUGCCGCCCUCCAACGGAUCGUUCUUCCGUAUGUACCGGCCUCUGGCUCGAUCCUCAAGCGAGCUUGCCAGGGCAGCGGUAAGAGUUACUAUUCCCUGUCGGCGCAAGCCGACCGAUUUGUGUGCGAAUACGACACCAUCCACCACUUGGCCGAAUGGAGAAUCAAGAACUCCCACGAUCCACUCUUUGGUCUUAGUUGCUGCGCCCUCUGUGAUCCCGAGUCAUGGACCUUUCAGGGAUCGCAGUAUGAUUCGAGCCUGGCCCAUCUCUAUGCGGACACAGAUGGAUGCAUUCCCUCAAGCGUUAUUCUUAACUACCCAAAGUUCAUUGUUCCCUGGCGCUAUCGUAACAAGAAGACAGGCGCGAUUUCGUGGAAGAUCUUCCAUCUCUGUGGCGGCAAGGUCGAGAGCAGCGACAGCGAAACCAUCAUCGUGAACCCAUUUAAAGACCGAAAGCUCAUGCACACCAUCAACCAAGUGCGCGAGCAGUACCGGAGAUACGAAAUGGGCCGCCCGCUCGUCGACUACCUUCUGCGAGUCAUUCAAGAGAUCCUUGGGGACUAUGGUUUGCCCGGUGGACCUACCAGCUCCAAGGCCGACGAGAAUCUGCUCAAGCAAAUGAAAAAGCAAGGACACAACCUCAUGCUGCUCUGUGAGGUUGAGAUUGGCCUUUGUCGACACAAAGCUCUGCUGUUCAAGAUCCUCUGUGAUGUUGUCGGACUUGAGUGUGCGCUCGUGACGGGUUAUUCUACCGCCGGUCGCCACCAAUGGAACAUUGUCACCCUUCCGGGCCACGGUGACUUUCUGAUCGAUCCAACAUCGCCUUACUUCACUUGGGCGAAGAAGGGCAGCCAGCGAGCCAAGGGCUACAAAAUCAAGGCGGAUGACUCGUUCGGGCACGCUGGCUUCACUGCGAAGGAUAUGGGGUUGUUGUAGCCGAUCUCGGU